UUAAACACCAAAGAAGAGAAGAGGAAGCUCGCAGACGUCAGCAUGGCGGUGCUCCUUGAAACUACGCUGGGCGAUAUUGUUAUUGAUUUGUUUACAGAUGAACGACCGAAAACUUGCCUCAACUUCCUAAAGUUAUGCAAAAUAAAGCAUUACAACUACUGCCUCAUCCACAAUGUUCAGAGAGACUUCAUCAUGCAGACUGGAGAUCCUACUGGGACCGGAAGAGGAGGAGAAUCUGUCUAUAGCAAACUCUAUGGGGACCAAGCACGCUAUUUUGAUCGAGAGAAAGUACCACGCAUCAAACACAGGAAGAUGGGGACGGUGUCAAUGGUGAACAAUGGAAAUGACCAGCACGGUUCCCAGUUCCUCAUCACCACAGGCGAGAACUUGGACUAUUUGGACGGGGUCCAUACUGUGUUUGGGGAAGUGACCGAAGGCAUGGACGUCUUGGCCAAAAUAAACGAGACCUUUGUGGACAAGGACUUCAUCCCAUUUCAGGAUAUCAGAAUAAACCACACGGUCGUCCUCGAAGAUCCUUUUGAUGACCCUCCUGACUUGCCGGUGCCUGAUCGAUCACCGGAACCCACCAAAGAGCAACUAGAUAGUGGUCGAAUUGGAGCGGAUGAAGUCAUCGACGAUACCGACGGGAAAGCAGCCGAGGAGUUGGAGGAGAGGUUGAAGGAGAAGGAAGCCAAGACUCAGGCCAUCCUGCUGGAGAUGGUGGGCGACCUUCCUGACGCAGACAUGAGGCCUCCAGAGAACGUUCUGUUUGUGUGCAAACUGAACCCUGUGACCACAGACGAGGACCUGGAAAUUAUUUUUUCUCGGUUUGGGCUGAUUAAAAGCUGUGAAAUAAUCCGAGACUGGAAAAGUGGAGAUUCCCUUUGUUACGCGUUCAUUGAGUUUGAAAAGCAAGAAGAUUGUGAGAAGGCGUACUUCAAAAUGGACAAUGUGCUCAUUGAUGACCGCCGCAUUCAUGUAGACUUCAGUCAGUCGGUGUCAAAGAUCAAAUGGAAAGGGAAAGGUGGAAAGUACACUAAAGAUGACUUCAAAGCCUAUGAAAAGGACGUGGAAACCCGCUCUAAACUCACUCUCAAAGAUCAAGUGAAGCCCAAACAAGACUCCAAGUAUGACCUUCUGAUUGAGGAGGAGGAGGAAGAGGAGGCGACCAGCCAUAGACACUCUGAUAAGAAACACAAAGAAAAGAGGCACCACCAUCAUUCGGAGAGUGACAACAGGAAGUCCAAGAAGCACAAGGACGGUGAGGAUAACUCGCGAGAAAGAAAGAUGGGACGCCAGCGGUCUCGCUCUUUCUCAAGAUCCCGCUCCAGGGACAGGGACCACAAACACGGCAAGUCGCGGGACAAACAUGGAAAAGAUGGCCGGGACAAAAGCCACAGUCGCAAGGACAGGAGCCGCAGCCGCGAGUCAAAGAAGUCCAAGGAUAAGGAGAGGAGUAGACACAGAUGAGGGAGAAGGACACGCAAUGCUUCACUUAGACUUGUUGGAUAUUUUCAUUUUCUCUCGAUAUGUAGUCAGCAUGAAUUCACUUUUAAAUAUUCACAAGUCUAAAACUACCAGCUCCCUCUUAAACCCUCUUGACCUUUUGGAAAGUUUCUUUUUCACAUUGUCUUGUUGAAUAGGUUGAGAAAUGUUUUUUAAAUGUCCACAUAUUAAAAAAAAAAAGUCCCAAACAUG